CGCAUGCGCAUCAUAACAACCCGUCCCCUGUGUGACGGUCACCAUGGUUUGGGUCCCCGUCCCCGGUCCUGUCUCCGGUUCUGUCUGAGGCUUUGUCCCCCGGAUGUUGUCGCUGCUCCGCCGGAGGCUCCGGCCGCUCAGCGGGCCGCCGGGCCGUUUCUCUGCCGGCUCAGCUCGCUCCUUCAGCGGCUCUCCUCCUCCGGAGCUUCCCGCCGCCCGGGUCCGCAGCACCUUCCUGGACUUCUUCCGGCAGAGACACGGACACCGGCUGGUCCCGUCCUCCCCUGUCCGGCCCAGAGGAGACCGCAGCCUGCUGUUCGUCAACGCGGGAAUGAACCAGUUUAAGCCCAUCUUCCUGGGGACGGCCGACCCUCGCAGCGAGAUGGCCUCGUACCGCCGAGUGGUCAACAGUCAGAAGUGCGUCCGAGCCGGCGGCAAACACAACGACCUGGAGGACGUGGGCCGAGACGUGUACCACCACACCUUCUUCGAGAUGCUGGGGAACUGGUCGUUUGGAGACUACUUCAAGGACGAGGCGUGCUGCAUGGCAUGGAGCCUCCUCACAGAGCAUUAUGGGAUACCUGCAGACAGACUGUAUGUGUCAUACUUUGCCGGAGACGCUGAGUCAAGGUUACCAGCUGAUGAAGAGACUCGACAGAUCUGGUUGGAGGUCGGGGUUCCUCCUGCUCGCCUCCUGCCGUUCGGCCUGAAGGAGAACUUCUGGGAGAUGGGGGACUCGGGCCCUUGCGGCCCCUGUACAGAGAUCCACUAUGACCACGUGGGAGGACGAGACGCCGCAGCCCUCGUCAACACUGACAGUCCUGAGGUGGUGGAGAUCUGGAACCUGGUCUUCAUGCAGUACAACAGGGAGCUGGACCACAGUCUGAGGCUGCUGCCCCAGUUCAGCGUGGAUACUGGGAUGGGACUGGAGCGACUGGUGAGCGUCCUGCAGGGUAAAAGAUCAAACUACGACACUGACCUGUUCACCCCGCUGCUCCACGCCAUCCACCAGAGGUCGAGGGUGGGGUCAUACGGCGGCAGGACGGGCACAGCAGACGAGGGGAAGGUGGACAUGGCAUACCGAGUGGUGGCCGACCACGUCCGUACUCUGUCAGUCUGCAUCGCUGAUGGAAUCUAUCCAGGCAUGUCAGGAGCAGAGCUGGUGUUGAGGAGGAUUCUGCGACGGGCGGUUCGGUUCUGUGCAGAGGUUCUUCAGGCUCCUCAGGGAGUGCUGGCCAGCCUGGUUCCUACUGUCACACACACACUGGGUGAUGUGUACCCGGAGCUCCACAGGGAGGCCGACAGGAUCAUGGACGUCAUCAACGAGAACGAGGCUCACUUCCUGUCGUCUCUGCAGCAGGGCAGCCGGCUGAUCCUCAGAACACUCAACAGAAUGGACUACAAAGAUGGAGUCUUCCCGGCAUCGGUGGCUUGGUCUCUGCACAGGGACCUGGGUUUCCCUCUGGACCUGGUGGACCUGAUGCUGGAGGACAGAGGAGUCCAGGUGGACCGUCAGGAGCUGGACCGACUCGUGGCAGAGAACCAGAAGGUGAUGUCUGAUCUUCGGUCAGGUGCUGGGUCUCAGCUGAUGUUGGACGUCGUCAGUCUGGCAAACCUGCAGCGUCUCAGCGUCCCUCACACUGACGACACUCUGAAAUACCAGUACAGACUGGAGGAGGACAGAUACGCGUUCCCAGCAUGCCGCGCGACAGUCCUGGCUCUGUAUGACGGUCAGGGUCUGGUGUCGGAGGUUACUGAGGGUCAGCGCUGCGGUGUCAUCCUGGAUCAAACCUGCUUCUACUCCGAGCAGGGGGGGCAGUCACAUGACCAGGGCUACUUCACCCGCCAAGGACUGCAGGACGUCCUGUACCCCGUGGAGGCCGUGGUCCUGGCGGGGGGUUACGUGGUCCAUCAGGUGACUGCAGCAGACAGCCUGAAAACUGGAGACCAGGUCCAGCUGCACCUGGACCAGGACCACAGGCUGUCCUGUAUGGUGAAUCACACAGCAACUCACAUCCUGAACUUUGCUCUGAGGAAAGUUUUGGGUCACUCAAUUCAGCAGAGAGGAUCUCACGUGUCAGCUGAUCGCCUGCGCUUUGACUUCAGUGUCAAGAGUUCACUGGAUGUCUCUCAGCUGCAGGAAGUAGACAGGUGUGUUCAUGACAUCAUCUCAGCCAAUCACGUCGUCCACAGCCAGGAGCUUCCUCUGCAGGCAGCCAGGAGCAUCGAGGGACUGAGGACAGUGGACGAGGUGUAUCCAGACCCUGUUCGGGUAGUGUCUGUGGCGGUGCCGGUCUGUGACCUGGUGGAUGAUCAGGCCGACAGAGAGACGUCUGUGGAGCUCUGCUGCGGAACCCACCUGCUGCAGACUGGAGCCAUCAAGGACCUAGUUAUAGUUUCUGAGAGACAGCUGGUGAAAGGAAUCAGUCGCAUCAUCGCUGUGACGGGACGCGAGGCGUCACUGGCUCGAGAGGACGGGCAGGUUUUGUCUCAGGAUGUGGACUCUCUGUCCGCCAGAGUAGCAGGCUCCACCCCCUCCAGCCUUGACUCCGCUCAGUGCCUCGCCAAGGAGAUCGGAGUCCUCUCUGAUGCUGUGGAUAACACCCCCAUCCCUCAGUGGCAGCGCAGAGAGCUGCAGAGUCGACUCCGAGCUCUGCAGAGGACCAGUAACACCACCGUCAGGAAACUGGAGACCAGAGAGGCUGCGGUGAGAGCUCAGGCGCUGCUGGAGAAGAACGGCAGGAAGGAUCUGCAGGUGGACUUGGUGGAGACGAACUCUCUGUCGAUUGUGAUGAAGACGGUGAAUCAGCUGAGCGCCGCAGCUCCUCUCAGUCAUGUGAUGCUGCUCGCUCACCAGAGGCAUUCUGGGAAGGUUCUGUGUGCCUGCCAGGUUCCCAAGGAUUCGCCCUCCCUCUUGGCCUCUGAUUGGGCGGUGGCGGUAUGUCAUCACCUUGGGGGGAGCGCCGGGGGCUCCGCGCUGGUUGCCAAGGGAACAGGAAGCAGCAGUGACAUCACUGAGGCUCUGAGGUGGGCAGAGGAGUUUGCUCGGCAGAAAAUACAGCGAUGAGGUCAUAAAGCAAGAGAUGACAUCAUCCUGCUGGAAGCUGAGAGGGUCAAGUACCUGCUGCACAGAGGGACUGUUUCCUGUUUGAACAGGAAGUCAGGGGGCAAGACGUGGGAUUAUUAUAGACGUCUGUUUGGGAGCAAAGGGUGUGGCCUGGUUGGUAGGCGGGGCUUCUCUUUGCUGCUGUCAGCCAAUCAGAGUUUUCAAAUAAUUUCACAAUAUUUAUAAUUCAUCAUAGAAACAUUUAGCAUGAUUCUACGUCCUGUGACAUGCUAUCAGUGCACCCCAGUAAAGGUACAGGUGACUGUAAGCCCCGCCCACAGCUGCAGUCAGGUCCUUCUUAUUGGACAAUACAGUCAGGUGUGAAGGUUUAUUAUUUAUACCUGACAAUAUUUUAUAAAUCUGAACUUUGCAUUUCUUUGUUUCACAAUAAAUCACUGCUCAAACUGA